UGUUUUUUUCGCGCAUUCCUUAUUGAUGAGGCGUGUUUUCGUGGAAAAAUGCAGUUUACUUUUCGACUGUGAAAUGUGAAAAACUCUUGUGAACCGUUCGUUUCUCAAUGUCGUACAGUUUUUCAGUUUCGUUCGAAUAGAUUUUUAUAUUCGGUAUAUGCAAAUAAGUGCUUAAUUAAUGUCGCAACCUGUUAAACAAGUACGCGUAUGGUUUUUACUAUUUUUUCCAAUACUUUAUCAACUUAUUGACGUCUACUUAUUUCUAUGUAUAUAAUCACAUAAGCGACAUACAUUAGGCUUCUUGUAAAGGUUAAUUAACUUGUUACAAUGGAUGAAAGCUGCAUUGAUCAAAAAAUAAAUGAUACACAAUCUGAUGUGAAACAAAAGUGCAUGGAAAAUACUAAUUCAUUACCACUUUCUGGUGACAAUUGUGUCAAUUCCAAAAAAACUUCAUUUGAAAUCACUAGCAUCACAGAGCCAAAUAAUAUUGACGAUAAUGAUGAUGACUCACCAGAUACUGAACCCCAUUCUCAUGACAACAGGGCAGAUAUCAGGCAUGAUGUAGAUUUGCAAAACUAUGCUGAUAAUAUGGUUGUUUAUAAUACAUGUAAUGAUAUGGGUAGUUCAGCACCAGUUAUACCCACCAGUUCUCAGUAUGGUUUAGCAAUUGUUGACAAUUUAGAUAGUGUACAUUCCCUAGGUUCUACAAAAAAUGAUGAUAAUCAUGGAACAGAUUUGAGUUUGCAAAAAAGUGACUGUGAUGUUAAUGGAUUACAAAAUAAAAAUAGAAACGAGCGGUUCAAAGUAGUAAAGAUUGAAAGUACAGAACCUUUUAAACGUGGACGUUGGGUUUGUAUGGAUUUUUUGGAUCAUUCAAUGAAUCAACAACCAGGAAACAAUAAUAAAUCAUCUAUGGUAAAUGGAGAAAGCAAAACAUAUCCUCAAAUAAAUGAUAUUGAAACACCUGAUCCUGUUGACAAUGGUCAUCAUGAAUGCCCAGAGUACAGAGUUAGUACUAAUAAUGUGAGUACUUACACUACUAAUUGUAAUAACUCUGAUAAUUACAAGAGUCAGACUUCUACAUAUAGUAUAGUUGUAUCGUCUGGUGUAACCACUCCUAUUCAUAGUGCUUGUGUUUCACCUGGUCAAACUUUACAAACAAAUAUGCAAGUUCCAGUAUUGACAAGUCAGUCCAUUAUUUCAUCUGUACAGGUAACUCAACCACAAAGUCUUUCCCAAGUACAAUUGCCUACACAACAUAACAUAAGUCAAAAUUGUAUGCAACAUUCCAGCUUACAACCACACCAACUACAGCAAGUUAUGGCUAACGCUGGAAUUGUUCAACCACAAUUACAACAGACACAACCUACAUUAGGUGUUUUACAUAGUCAAAAUCAACCUAUUCAACCACAACCAAUCCAACAUAUGAACUCUGUGGAACAGCAUAAUGUUUCACAAUCAAUUCCACCACAAUAUCAACCGUCUUUGUCACAAGUUAAUUUACAACAACAAAUUAUGCAGCACAAUAUGUCAGCCCAAUUUCAAAAGACAUAUGUACCUCAAAAUCAAUCUGUUUUACCAAAUUGUGCACCAUUACAACAAUCUAUGAACCAAAUUAUUAAUCAAGUUCCUCAAUAUUAUAAUUCUCCUUCAGUUCAGACUCAAAAUGUUUCCUCUGAACCGUCAUCAGUUUCUAUGUCUAAUCAACAUAUUACUCCACAGCAGUUUCAAUCAAUACCUAUGCAAACUCAAUCAUUACAAAACCAUGUACAAUUACAACAAAAUCAACAACAGCUGCCUCCUGUUCAACAGAUACAACAACAAACUAGUCAACAACAACCAAUAGUUCCACAAAAUCAAAUGAAUCCUCAAAUUGUACAACAAAAUCCACAGUUGACUCACCAAUCAUCAAUUUCACAGCCUAGUCAAUCUCAGUCAGUACCUCAACAAGUAUCUCAGCAACAUAUUCAACAGUCACCACAAACACAACAAACACAUGUUCAACAAGUUUCUUCAUCACAGCAACAACAACAAGGUCCUCAACAAAUUCAGCAAGUAAAUCAACAAAAUCAAAGUCCCCAAAUUUCUCAGAUUCAUCAACAAUUACCUCAACAAACACAUCAUAUGACACAAAUUUCUCAAAUGACAAAUCAAUCCCAAUCAAUGCCACAAACAAAUCAAAUGCAGCAAAUUUCUUUGCAAACUCAACAAAUACCUCAAGCACAAUUACAACAACACUCUAAACAAAUUCAACAGGCCCAAAUACAAUCCCAAUCCCAACAAAUUAAUCAGCAACAAAUUUCUCAACAACAAAUCAAUCAAAUUACUAGUCAAAAUCAAAUAAUUCAUCAAAAUAAUCAACAAAUACCUCACCCUUCACAAAUGAUGUCUCAGGGACAACCUUUAAAUCCACAAAAUCAACAAGUUCAACAACAACAAUCACAACAACAAAUACAAUUGACUCAGACUAGUCAAUCUGGCCAAUCAAUGUCACAACAAAUUUUACAGUCAAAUCCAAAUAUGCCACAACAAAAUCAAGUUAUUACUCAACCACAACAAUUAGGAAUGACUCAGUCAAAUACAACUAUGGUAUCUCCAUCUCAGAACCAACAAGUUGUUCAGACUCAGCAUAUGCAACAAUCAAACCAGCAGUAUCAGCAAGCUCAACAAAUUAUGCAAUCACAGGGACAACAAAUACCAAUACAAAGCAAUCAAUCAAUUAUGCAUCAACCAACCUAUUCUCAAGCACAAAGUUUAAAUGCUAUACAACUUCAACAAGCUGUGAUGCAAAUUCCUCCAAAUACUGUCACUUCUAGCCAAAUGCAUGUUCAACAACAACCACAAUUAGUACAAUCAAUGCUUCAACAAUCACAAAUGUCUAUGUCACAAAAUAAUAUGCAGUCACCAAUACCACCAAUGUCUCAACAGCAAAUGACAUAUUCUUUGCAACAGCAUGUACCUAUUAAUUCAAGUUAUGUUGAUAGUAUACAGCAUUGUUACAUUCCUUCUCAGCAACAAAUGUCUACUUAUAAACCAUUAGUAACAACGGUAGAAGCCAUAAAUCCACAACAAGAAGAUAAUAUUAAUGAAGAUGUGGAUAGCGCAUCACACAAUGCAGCAACUACAGUUGCUAUUGAUAAUAAAAUAGAACAAGCCAUGGAUUUGGUUAAAAGUCAUUUAAUGUAUGCUGUCCGUGAAGAAGUUGAAGUACUCAAAGAAAAAAUUGCUGAAUUAAUGGACAAAGUUGGUUUAUUAGAAACAGAAAAUUCCAAUCUUAGAAUGUUAGUUCCCCCAGAGAUAUUAGACCAAUACAAUCGUGAAAAACAAAAACCAACAAAUAGCCAGUCAACUCAUAAUUAGUACAUUUUAAUAAUUAUGGUAAUUAUAUACUUAAAAAUUUACCACAUUAAAAAAAAAAAUUGUAUAAACAGUGAUUUGUACAGAAUGUUAAAAUCCUUAGUCUAAAUUGUACAGUGUGAUAUACUUAAUUAUUUAAAUUUAGUAAUAUUUAUAUUUUAUAAUGAAUUUAAAUUAUUAUUUAAAAUAAUAGGCCCAAAAUUAGACUAUUUUUACAAAAUUAUUUAGACAUGUAUUAUAUUACAUUUUUUUUUUUAUCUACAAAAAAGUAAUAAGAAAUUAUUCAAGUAUAUAUUUCUAUAUAUAUUAUUUAGAUGUAUACAUAAAUUUGUGUGCAUGAAGUUUUUAUUUUAAAAGACUGUUCAUAAUAAUUAAAAUAUAUUCAAUUUAAAAUCAAGAAAUAAAAAUUGUAUAUUUUUUGGUUCUGCAUACGAGGUUUUAGUAUGUUUAUCAUCACUUGCAAUGUUUUGCAUAACAAAAAUGACUGAAAUAAAAUGAAACUGUCUGAUUAUAAUUAGGUUAAAAAUUAUAUGAAAGUAAUAUGGUCUGUCAUGUAAACGUAGAUUCAACCAAUCAAAAUUGUACUCGUUUAAAUAUAAUUUAAUUAAAAAAUUAUUAACAUAAAAAUAAAAAUAAUAUUUAAUUCUAGGUUUGCUACAUAAAAAAUUAGCCAAAGUUUUUUAUUAAAUGGAUAAAAUAUUUUUUUAUUUUAAAUAAAUUAUACGGUUUUAACAUAAGUUGACAAAAUUUCAUCUGGAUAUAUCUAUUGUUAUAUAAAUAAAAAGGUUAAUCAUCACUGUUGUUUUUUUUUUAAAUAUGUAUUAAGUCUCAAUAAGACAAAAUAAGAAUAACGUAAAUUAAAAACCAUCUGAUUGUAUGUAACUUAAAUUAUUUUAAUAAUACUGCCAUUUGUAAAUUAUUUAGCCUAUCAAUAACAUUAUUUAUUUUAAUAGAUUUUUAGUUUUUUGAUUUAAUAGUUAAUUUUUAUUUCAGUUUAUCUAACUUAAAUACUUAGCUUUUUAAAAUUUAUUAUUUACAUUAUAACAUUUUUUGUUUUAAAAAAUUAUAUUUUAUAUAUUAUUUAGCUAAUAUUAAUAAUACAUACAUUAUUCAUCAGUAUAUAAUCAUAAUAUAUAAUUUAUCUAUGUAUAUAUUCUUGAAUUUUGUAUAAGUAUUGAAAUGAUACAUUUUAAUGAAAUAAUGUGAAAUUUACUAUUUAUUAUUAUUAUUAUUUUAUUUUUAUGAACUCUUUCUUUGUCAAUAUUACAAACAUUAUUUAUGUACAAUUUAUAUUUGUUUCAAUUAUUAGGAAUUGUGAUAGUUUCAAAUGUAAAGGACAAAAGAUUUUAAGGCUUGUGAAUGUAUAUUUAUGUAACGGAAGAUAUUCGUUUUUGAAAAUUCAAGAAAAUAUUCUUCUUUUUUUACUCCUAUUAGACAAUAUUAUUUAAUGAAUAAAGAAAUACUUAAUUAUUUUUUGUUUCAA